AUGAGAUCUGUGGUGCGGACUAUACUUGAGCAGAACGAGGCGGUCAGCCGGGGCGUUCUCCCGUACGUUGACGACCUUCUCGUGAAUGAGGACGUCAUCUCCGCGGAGCAGGUUGCAGAGCACUUCUCCCGGUUCGGCCUUGUCUGCAAGCCACCGCAGCGCCCGGCUGACGGCGCUCGAAUGCUGGGGCUGCAGGUGAGCUGUUCGCGCUCGGGAGAGCUGCAGUGGCGCCGGGACAACCCCGUCGGCGCACCGCCAGAGGUGAUGACGCGCAGGGCGCUGUUUGCAUGGUGCGGCCAGCUGGUUUCGCACCUUCCAGUGGCCGGCUGGCUGCGUCCAGCUGCGGCCUGGCUAAAGAGACGGGCUAAUGCUCUCAGUCAGGGCUGGGAUGACCCCAUCGAUGACCCGGACCUGCGCGCUCAAGUCAGCCAAGUGGCUGAAAGGGUGACCUCCAAUGACCCGGCCCGUGGACCCUGGAGGCUGACGGGUGAAAAGCUGACCGUAUGGACAGACGCCAGCAGCCUCGCCUCGGGCGUCGUCCUGGAGGAUCCGGAAGGCGGCGUAGUGGAGGACGGGAGCUGGCUGCGGCCGGAGACUAAGGCAGCCAUGCAUAUAAAUAUGGCUGAGCUGGACGCGGCGCUCAGCGGCGUCAACAUGGCGAUCGCGUGGGGGAUCAGAGUGAUCGAUCUCCGCACGGACUCGGCGACCGUUUAUAAGUGGGUCGGUGACGCACUGAGCGGCCGGUCGCGUCUCCGGACAAAAGCUCAUGCCGAGAUGUUGAUUCGCCGACGGGUGGACAUCAUCCGUGAGCUGGUGGCUGAGUUCCAGUUGACGAUCACCAUCAAGCUGGUCAAGUCAGAUGAAAAUCCGGCGGACGAAAUGACACGCGUGCCCAAGGAAUGGCUUCGAGCCUGCAGGGCAGAGGAGGAGACGGCAACGGCGACAGGCGCGGUGCCGGUGGCGGCUGCAGUGGCGCCGGACGGAGAGUCCACACACCCCGACACGGCUGCAAAAAUUCGAGCGGUGCACGAGAACAUUGGACACCAGGGUGGACAGUCGGAUGUGCGCUGCAGCUUCACCUUCCUCGGAUCGGCGCAGACUCCCGGCCAGUCCAGAUUCCCGGCCAGUCCAGACUCCCGGCCAGUCCAGAUUCCCGGCUAA